GGGACUUGGGUGACUGCGCUCCAAGACGCGGGCGUGUGUCCCGAUUUUCACUUGCUUUAUGGGGAGGGGAGAUUCGCCCAACACCUGUUUACUGAGGGACAUACCAGGGCCAGUGGGUCGGCGGCAUGCGCCAGGGCUAUGGCGUGCGGCAGAGCGUCCCCUACGGCAUGGCUGCGGUCAUCCGCUCGCCCCUGAGGACGUCCAUCAACUCCCUGCGCAGCGAGCACACCAACGGCACGGCGCUGCACCCUGACGCGGCCCCGGCGGUGGCCGGCAGCCCGGCCGUGUCCCGGGGGGGCUUUGUGCUGGUGGCCCACAGCGACUCCGAGGUCCUCAAGAGCAAGAAGAAGGGGCUGUUCCGGCGCUCGCUGCUGAGCGGCCUGAAGCUGCGCAAGUCGGAGUCCAAGAGCAGCCUGGCCAGCCAGCGCAGCAAGCAGAGCUCGUUCCGCAGCGAGGCGGGCAUGAGCACCGUCAGCUCCACGGCCAGCGACGUCCACUCCACCAUCAGCCUGGGGGAGGCGGAGGCCGAGCUGGCCGUCAUCGAGGACGACAUCGACGCCACCACCACCGAGGCCUACGUGGGCGAGUGGAAAAACGACAAGCGGGCCGGCUUCGGCGUGAGCCAGCGCUCGGACGGGCUCAAGUACGAGGGCGAGUGGGCCGGCAACCGGCGCCACGGCUACGGCUGCAUGACCUUCCCGGACGGCACCAAGGAGGAGGGCAAAUACAAGCAGAACGUGCUGGUCAGCGGCAAGCGCAAGAACCUCAUCCCGCUGCGCGCCAGCAAGAUCCGCGAGAAGGUGGACCGGGCCGUCGAGGCCGCCGAGCGCGCCGCCACCAUCGCCAAGCAGAAGGCCGAGAUCGCCGCUUCCAGGACCUCCCACUCGCGAGCCAAGGCCGAGGCGGCCCUCACAGCGGCGCAGAAAGCCCAGGAGGAAGCCCGGAUCGCCAGGAUCACUGCCAAAGAGUUCUCCCCUUCCUUCCAGCACAGGGAAAAUGGGCUGGAGUACCAGAGGCCGACGCGGCAGACGUCCUGCGACGACAUCGAGGUGCUCUCCACGGGGACGCCCCUGCAGCAGGAGAGCCCUGAGCUGUACCGCAAGGGCACCACCCCCUCCGACCUGACCCCCGACGACAGCCCACUGCAGAGUUUCCCCGCCAGCCCCACGGCCACCCCGCCGCCGGCCCCCGCCGCCAGGAACAAGGUGGCCCACUUCUCCCGGCAGGUGUCGGUGGACGAGGAGCGGGGAGGCGACAUCCAGAUGCUGCUGGAGGGCCGGGGUGGGGACUACACCCGCAACAGCUGGGCCCAUGACAAAGCCGGGGGCGCCCGUGUCCCGGGCCACAAGCCGCCCGGGAACCCCAGGCCCCGGGAGCGGCGGACGGAGUCGUCCCCCGUGUUCGCCAACUACAAGAUGGAGAUGAAGCCGCUGCUGCGUAGGGAUGCCUACACGCAAGAGGCGCACCUCCAGAAGAGGCGCUACGGCAAGGGUGGCGCCGGCCGGGCCGCGGAGGACCACCGUGCCGAGGACCGGGGCUUCGGGGCGCAGAGACUGAGGGCCAAGUCCCAGAACAAGGAGAGCCUCCGGCCGGCCUCCUCCACAGAGCCCGCGGUGCAGAAACUGGACAGCCUGCGGCUGGGGGGCCGCGCCGAGCCCCGGCUGCUGCGCUGGGACCUGACCUUCUCCCCGCCCCAGAAGUCCCUGCCUGUGGCGCUGGAGUCCGACGAGGAGACCGUGGACGAGCUCAAGGCCAGCACGGGCUCGGCGCCAAUCCUGGUGGUCAUGGUGAUCCUGCUCAACAUUGGAGUUGCCAUUUUGUUUAUUAACUUUUUCAUCUGACGAGAUUGUCACCAUCGCAAACGUUAACGGUGUCCACAAAGGGAACAUUCAAAGCAAAACGACAAAAGGGAGCGGUCCCGCCACGGACGGUCCACCAACUCCAAGUCUUUCCACAGAAGAACGUGAUUGGGUAUAUCACUCACAGUUUGCCUUUUUUUCUGGGUGAUGUUUUUUGGAUUUUAGCCAAAUUCUUUGCUUGUACAACUCUGCUGUGUGGCAUGGCAGAAGGCGGCCAGCACGCAGACCCUCCAGCGCGACGGGGGGAGGAGAGGAUCCCGGCAAAUCGGCACGGACCCUCGUCAUUGUCAUCACACUUCUGGACAGCGCCAGGCACGGGGGUGCCGCUCCCGUCAGACGCGGACGGUCGAUGACUGCUUCCUCUCUGUCUGGAGGAGUCGGUGACAGGCAUGGCGGGAGGCGUGGGGGACAGGGUGUCCCUCCCCCGGGCGGCAGCAGCGGCCUUUUUCUACUUUCCUGUGCUGCAACCUUGAGGAAGAGGGGAGACAGGCCUCCUCCUCUCUUCCCGUGAAACAGACGGUGGCCCCUCUUCUCGGCACUGCCCCUGGCCUCCGCGGGAGGCCGACUCCCCACACUGAGUCUUAAGCCAAGUCCCGAUUUCUUCCACUGUCCGUUGUCCACUCAUUGUGUGCCCACUCAGCUGUCCUCCUAGACCCCAGGGAAGCCGCGGGCUGUGCUGCGGGCAUGGGGGGCGGGGCCACGAUGCGGGGGCGGCCGCCCCAUGCCUGGACCCGUGCACAUGGCAUCUGUGCACCAUGUGCAGCCUGUGGGUGCAGGCUUCCGUGUCCCUGGCAGGGAGGGCCCGUGAGGGUCCCUUCCCUGGUGGUUACUGACCUCCACGGGUUUUCCCAUUUUCGUACGUGCCUGCCUCAACUUCCCUAACAGAUAUGCAUAUUCCUUCCAGAUGCCUCAGCGCUUGCCAGAGCGGGCCUGGUCCCGGGACAGGAAAGCAGCUGAAACUUGAGACAUCCAGAGAAUCGUAGCAUAUCCCACAUCUCUCCCCAAAUGUACCACGUACCUUGUUUCGGUCAAACAAAAACAGGCUCCUUCUGUUUCUGCCUUCUCCACCAGGGUCAUUCCAUCACCCCACAAGAACGAGGUUUGCCAGGAUGUCCGCACGCCCAUGGCCCGGCCCUUGUGUGGGCGUGUCUGAGGGGUCCGGGCACGCCCAUGGCAGGCCUCUGCACCCGGGAGCGCCCAGCGGCCCCCGUCCAGUCUUCUGGGUACAGCCGCCAUGGACCCUGCCUUGCUUUGCUUAUGUCUAGCUGUUUCUCUGCUACCUUUCAAGCAGAUUUCUUUACUACACUGCACUGGAUUGCUAUAUUUUUAACCAGAAAUAAACUAAAGACUAGAGCAUGUUCCAGUUAA